UGUCGCACCUGUUUGUGCGCGGUUACAUUUUGUCGCACCUGUUUGUGCGCUGUUUCUUUUCGCCGUUGUGCGUAAUUUUCGCCUUCGGGCCAAGUUGUCCUUUUUGCCUAUGUAUGGGCAGUAAUACAAGAGAUUGGAAUAUCGUUCUGAGUCCUGCGUUUGAUUCCACCAUUACACCUACAGCACGCCCUGACAACUGACUACAUGACAUACGAGAUGAGGGCUGUUUUCUGGGGGGUUCUCCUCGCCUGUGUGGAAUGGGUUCGGGGCCAGGAGACUCAGACAUUUGAUGGAGACGUCCGCGACUUUGCCAUUGGUGACAGCUCGGUAUACGUCGUUACCGAUGACCGACUCUACCAGUUGAACCAUGAUUUUACCAAAGUUAUAAAGCGUGAUAAUCUGAAUUUAGUUGAUCCUAACCAAGAAGUACCUCCUGAUGAAACUUAUCCAUUUAAGGUAAACAUUUUACUGCCAUUCAUCAAAAACAAGACCUUGAUCAUCUGUGGUACCGCAAAAUACGGCUUCUGUGAAAUACUCGAUCUCAACGAAAUCUCAAAAUCUGUGCAUUCCGAGGAUAUUGAAGUGGGUUCAUUGGACCCUGGAGAUUCAACCAUUGCUUUUAUUGUUGAUGUCGGGAAGAACUCCUAUAUUAUGGCUGGAAGGUUGCAGAGUCGUAAUUCACACAUCUACCUGUUCUCGAACGUUCCCAAAGAGCCUCAAGUUCGACUUAUUUGGUUCAAGAGCGAGAACAAUAAAGCAACUACUUUGAAGUCCCUCGAAGGUAGGACACUCAAAUGCUGUGGAAACAUGGAACACCGGCGGCUCCUGUCUUCCUCUGUGUUUCCAGGUUCUGGUGGGCCCCAUGGGCAGGUGCUCUGGGUAGGUGUGUUCACGGCAGGUAACACAAGCGACCCCAUCAACACCAUGCUGGCCAUCUAUGACAUCAGCCCCUCAGCAGGGCGUCAACUCGAAUACAAAGACCCAGACUUCUGCUAUGAAUGCUGUGGAGAGUCAUCACCAAAGAGGAACACCAAGGACCUGCAGCCAGUGGCGGAGGUGUUUAAAUACAGCUCCAUGACAUCAGUGUUGGCAGUGAGACACAACUCCUGGCUGGUGUUCUUCAUCGGGACAGGAGACGGACAACUCAUCAAGCUUGCUGUAGACAAGGCCUACAAACCUGCCUGUCCCAGAGUGCUCUACAAGUCAGAUGACGACCGCAGUGUGUUUCCCAAGAUGCACCUGGAUCCAGUGGACCGCAAACAUGUGUACAUGGCACUGAGGAACCAGAUGUUCGUUUCAGGAUGACUGCCUUCAGCCUUCAGCCUGGAUCUCCAUCUCUGAGGACUCCCAACAACAGAACAUGGUCUCUUACCAGGUGGCGAAGAACAGCAGUGGAGAGAAGAUCACACUCACUGUCAAGGUCCACCUGAAUGUGAAUG